UGAGUUUGAUUGAGCUCUGUUUUUGGAUGUGAUUGUUGGGAGGGAGGGAGGACAAAGAGAUCCAUUUCCAUUUUGGCUUGCUAAUAUAUAUGAAAAAGUGUAUUGAAGUCUCUCUAUUUCCAUGUCUUGAAUGCUAUAUAUGCUGUUGCUAGUAUAAAAUAACAUCCUGUUUACUAGACGACCUUGCUCUGUUCAGAGUAGGAUGGACAAUGGUUUCAUUCCAAUUCCAGGAGAAACGUCAGAUACUACUUCUGCUGCUGAUUCACCAAUCGAGGUUCAUCCUGGAUAUGGAUAUGGAAAACCUCCUCCGUUGACCUGGCAACGCAAACUUAAUUGCAAUGGUACUGCACCAACAGAGUUCUCCGUAAGACUCCUAGAAAUUUUGCAUUUGAUUCCAUUGGGCUGGAGAUUAUGGCGGCAUAUCAAGGAAGAAGCAGACAAGGGAACGCCGUCAAUAGUUGAUCCCUAUCACAAGCGCCUCGUUACAUGUUACCAUGGUAUUCCUUUAGGUGGUAUUGGUGCUGGAAGCAUUGGGAGGAGUUUCAAAGGAGAGUUCCAACGGUUUCAACUCUUUCCUAGAAUAUGUGAAGACGCCCCAAUUCUGGCAAACCAGUUCUCAGUUUUUGUUUCACGCCCUAAUGGAGGCACAUCUUCAACAGUUUUGUGCUCCACAAGUCCAAAUAUCAUAGAAGAGAACAAAGGAGCGGGCAUCGACUCUUGGGAUUGGAACCUUGAUGGGGAGAAAUGCACUUAUCAUGCUUUAUAUCCAAGAGCUUGGACAGUAUAUGAUGGUGUACCCGAACCUGAGAUCAGCAUUGUCUGUCGUCAGAUUUCGCCAUUCAUUCCACAUAAUUAUAAAGAGAGCAGCUUCCCCGUAGCAGUAUUUACAUUUACGCUCUUCAACUCAGGGAAGACUUGUGCUGAUGCAACACUGCUUUUCACAUGGGCUAACUCAGUGGGUGGAGUUUCAGGAUCCACUGGUUAUCAUCUUAAUAAAAGAACAAUGAUGCAAGAAGGUGUACAUAGUGUGAUUCUGCGUCAUAAAACAUCAAAUGGACGCUCUCCGGUAACUUUUGCUAUUGCUGCUCAAGAGACAGAUGAGGUUCAUGUAUCAGAAUGUCCUUGCUUCUUAGUAUCUGGGUCUGGGACAUCAGACAUAAUGACAGCAAAUGAAAUGUGGAAACAAAUUAAAGAGCAUAAGUCCUUUGACAGACUUAAACAUGAUGAAAACCAAUUACCUUCGGAAGCAGGGUCAUCCAUUGGAGCUGCCAUAGCAGCAUCUGUAAAUAUUCCUUCUGGCUCAUCCAGAACAAUAACAUUUUCACUUGCAUGGGACUGCCCUGAGAUAAGAUUUUCCAGUGGAAAGACUUACCACCGGAGGUAUACAAAAUUUUAUGGUAUUAAUGGGGAUGCUGCAGCUAGAAUUGCAUGCGAUGCUAUCCUGGGACAUGCAAAGUGGGAGCACCAGAUUGAAGAGUGGCAAAGACCAAUCCUAGAAGACAGAAGGCUUCCAGAAUGGUACCCAAUCACUCUCUUCAACGAGCUCUAUUAUCUUAACGCAGGGAGCACAAUCUGGACAGAUGGAUCCCUACCAUUGCAAAAUAUUUCCACCGUUGGGGAGCAGAAAUUUUCCAUCAGCAGUCACAUAUUAGAUUCUAACACAAUUCUUGGCUCUGCCCACCAAAAUGACACCUCAAUUCAAAUACUUGAAAUGAUGCAAACUGUUCUGGAGCGAGUGAAUUCUCCACUUACACCGAAUUCAGCUUUUGGACCUUGUUUGCUUCAGAAUGGAGAGGAGAAUGUUGGCCAGUUUUUAUAUCUCGAAGGGAUUGAAUAUCACAUGUGGAAUACCUAUGAUGUCCAUUUUUAUUCAUCUUUUGCAUUACUAAUGCUAUUUCCAAAGCUUGAGUUGAGUAUUCAGAGAGACUUCGCAAUGGCAGUUAUGAUGCAUGAUCCACGCAAGAUGAAAGUAAUGUACGACGGCACGUUGGUUCCAAGAAAGGUUCUUGGUGCUGUUCCACAUGAUAUUGGACUCAAUGAUCCAUGGUUUGAAGUAAAUGCCUACAACUUUUUCAAUACCGACAGGUGGAAAGAUUUGAACUCAAAAUUUGUCCUUCAAGUUUAUAGGGAUAUGGUUGCAACUGGUGAUAAAACUUUUGCAAAGGCUGUUUGGCCUGCGGUGUUCAUUGCAAUAGCUUAUAUGGAUCAGUUUGACAAGGAUGGUGAUGGCAUGAUUGAGAAUGAAGGAUUCCCGGAUCAGACAUAUGACGCGUGGAUUGUUACAGGUGUCAGCGCGUAUUGUGGUGGAUUAUGGGUGGCAGCGUUGCAAGCUGCCUCAGCAAUGGCACGUGAAAUUGGUGAUGAUUCUUCUGCUGAUUACUUGUGGCUUAAGUUUGAAAAGGCCAAGUCUGCAUACGAUAAAUUGUGGAAUGGUUCAUACUUCAAUUAUGACAGUAGUGCUACUAAAACUAGCACAUCAAUUCAAGCUGAUCAGUUGGCCGGUCAAUGGUAUGCUAGAGCCUGUGGUCUUUUACCUAUUGCCGAUGAAGAAAAAGUAAGAAGAGCGCUUGAAAAAAUUUAUCAUUUCAAUGUGAUGAAAAUCAAGGGAGGUAUGCAUGGGGCUGUCAAUGGGAUGCAACCAAAUGGAGAAGUCGACUUUUCAGCUUUGCAGUCCAGAGAAAUCUGGCCUGGAGUUACUUAUUCUGUUGCUGCUGCUAUGAUACAAGAAGACAUGGUAGAUACGGCAUUCAAGACAGCCUUUGGUAUUUAUGAAGCAGCUUGGUCUGAACAUGGUCUUGGAUUCUCUUUCCAAACCCCCGAGGGCUGGAGUCCAGAAGGUGAAUACAGAUCUUUGUGCUACAUGCGGCCAUUGGCCAUCUGGGCCAUGCAGUGGGCUUUAUCAAAUCCAAAGCUCUUCAACCAACCUAUCGAGCCUGGACCAAGUGCAAGCUCUUCUCCUUUGAAGCAGCACCCCGGAUUUCAAAGGGUUGCAAACCUCCUAAGGUUGCCAAUAGAAGAGCCUUCAAAGAGUUAUAUCCAGUCUUUCCACGAAUUUCUUUGUAGAAAAUUUCUUAUGUAACUUCUGAGUUCAUUGAUAACUUUGUUUUAUGAUUCCCUUCUCUUUCUUCUCAGUUUCCAUUAGUAUACUGUUAUUUUAAUAUUUAAAUUACAACAUACAUCUCUUCACAGUGGUAUUGGUGAAUGUUUAUA